UUAUUGAGCCCAAAGAGCAGGAAUGAAAUUAAAUUACGUAGCACCGAUCCUGCCGAUCAAGUUAAGAUAUUCACGAAUUAUUUUGCUAAUAAAUCUGACAGAAAAAUACUUUUGAAGCCUCUUGAUUUUGUUAAGUCGUUGGUGGCAACUAAGACUUUCCAAAACAAUGGAAUAACUUUACGUCAUUACGACAUACCGAAUUGUCGUAACACUGAAUCCGAUUCCACGGAAUAUUGGGAUUGUAACUUAAGUAACACAGCAGGAACAUUCUACCAUCCGGUUGGAACAGCUAAAAUGCGCCAUUCUGGUGAUCCUACAGCAGUCGUCGAUCCUCGUCUCAAAGUACAAGGCAUUCAAAGACUAAGAGUUACCGAUGCUUCCAUAAUGCCGCAAAUUACCAGUGGAAAUACAAACGCACCAACGUUGAUGAUAGCCGAGAAAGGAGCAGAUAUGAUAAAAAAGGAUUGGCUCGGAAAGGAUGUGCUAUAAAAAAAAAAAAUAAUUGAAAGUCGUAAAGUAAACUUUAAGUUCUUACAAACCACGAUGCUUCUUUGAUAGGUAGCUCUUUCUGUUCUUACAAUAUUGAAAAAGAAACGUAUCGCUUGUAUAGAGAUAAUUAAAAAUAUUCAAAUUGCUUUCUGGUAUCUGGGUUCAUUAUAAAUAUAAAUAAUAUUACGUAGGAUUACGUAAAUAUUACAUUACGAGGUUAAUUUGAAAAAACUACAUCGGAGUAUGUUUGAUGUUUAUAUCCUAAAAAAAAUUGAAUGCAUGAAAUAUUAUUACUUUACAAAUACAUU